AUGCUUGAACAGGACGGUUUCGUCCGUCUACCCAACGAACGUCUGAUUUACAGCUCUCCUCCCCGCACCAGUGUCUCGUUGACACCACCCUCGGGAUACAAAGGCACAGAAGAGCUUUCACUACAGAGCAGUUCCGGCUCCAUCCAUCUUACCAACCAAAGAGUCGUCUAUCUUCCCGCACCUAGAAGCACGGAAUUCCAGUCCUUCUCAUCACCUCUCUUGAAUGUCCAUGACUCUCAUGUAUCUGCACCCUUCUUUGGACCUAAUGUCUGGACAGCUUUGAUCCAACCAGUAUCGGGUGGUGGAAUUUCACCAUCCUUGCCCGCCAUUCAGCUGAAGGUGACUUUCAAAGAGGGCGGUGCCUUUGAUUUUCACACCAACUUUGAGCGCAUCAAGGAGCGACUGGAGCAGGCCGUCGAAAACACCAGCGAGGGUGCUCGGGGCCAAGAGAACGUGGAUCUCUCGGCGGUCCAUCUGGAAGAUUUGCCUGCGUACGAAGCUCCACCUAGUGUAAGACCUAGCGAGACGCCAGAGCGAUCGCAGAGUCGUCGAGUCUCUGAUGCAGGUCCGGAUCCCGUGGAACCUCCUCCAUGCUACGAGGAAGUCCAGUCGCAAAGUGUAGCCAAUGAGCUAGAGGAGAGAUUGCGGCGAGGCAGCUAA